UCCCGUAUAAGGAAGGGAGGUCAAGCUCACAAAGCCCUAAGCGCUUCCGAUCUUCUACUCACUUCCUACAGAGAGUUCUGUGAGCCAGGAUCUCUGUGGGAGCCAUGGCCGGGAAUGUGAUUCUGCUGGCUGCCAUCUCUGUCCUCUCUGCUUGUCAGCAAAGUUAUUUUGCUUUUCAGGUUGGAAGGGCAAGAUUCAAAUGCAAGGUGAUCCCCCCGGCAGUCACUGGGUCCCUGGAGUUUGAAAGAGUGUUUCGUGCACAACAAAACUGUGUGGAGUUUUACCCCGUAUUCCUGAUUACACUGUGGAUGGCUGGAUGGUAUUUCAAUCAAGUUUUUGCUACUUGUCUGGGGCUGGUGUACAUAUAUAGCCGUCACAAGUACUUCUGGGGAUAUUCAGAAGCUGCUGAAAAAAGGAUCAGUGGUUUCCGAUUGAGCCUGGGAACUUUGGGCUUGUUGGGGGUCCUCGGCGCCCUGGGGAUUGCGAACAGCUUUCUGGAUGAAUACCUGGACAUCCAUGUUGCCAAGCAACUGAGGCGAUACUUCUAACUUUUUCUCUUUCCUUCACUUUCAUGUUUGCGGAAGCUCUUUCCACUCUGAAGGUAACACCGUGUUGCUUGUUAAAUAAAAAUUUAAAGUCUUC